UAGGGAACUGAUGGACAAAGUAAGCUAGAUGGUCCAAUGAGCCAAGCAGAGGCCGAGAAAAGUUUCAAAAAGAAAUUUCAGGAGAAAACAAAAAAUAGUUGGGAUGAACGUCAGCAAUUCACUCCAGUGAAAGGGAAAUAUUCGCUAGUAAUUGAGAAGACUGACUCUUCUGAGAGUAGCAAGGUCACUGAGAGUCAGGUAAGAAUUAUAUCUAGAGAUCCACUGUUCUUGUGUCAAGUUCCAUAUGAACAAUCUUGUAUUGUCGAUUUCCCCUCAUCUCAUACACUUUAUAUGAAUUUCAGGCCCUGUUCAUUCCUUAGAAAAUUUACUUAUUUCAAGCAAUUUUUUGCUGCAACUUGCAAUGCAAUUUCUGAGUUAGAGCCAUCCUAUCUAUAAUGAGUAGUUGCAGGACAAUUGUGAGCAUGGCCUACCCGGGUCGAAUCUAGCCGCUUCUGCAAGGAGCGGUGCAGGUUUUCCAUGGGGUGGUGCAUGAGGAAGCCUUGCUGCCCACUCUCCGCAGUUUACAACGCUACUAUCCCAACAUUACCAUUAUUUGAGAUGGCUGAAUCUGCAUGUUCGCCGUUCCGUGACGUGACGAUCUUUUAUUCAUAAAGUUUGUACAGUAUUUGCUUUUUAUCACUUAUGCGUGACUGGACAGUUGCCGCAGCAAAUUGCAGCAAAUUUGCUUGUUAAAGUACAGUAUAUUUGAAAAUAUGGCUAUAUAACAACCUCUAUUCCAAAAGCAGAAAAUGUAUGGUCAAGUUGAAUUUGAACAUUGUCAAUGAUGACGAUAAUAAUUUAACUGAAGUAAGUGAGGACCACCAACACUGUAGACCCACAACACAGCCACCAGAGUGGAUUAACAAGCUACCACUGAUCGAAUUAUCAAAACCACCGAUCAAGUUAAAUGCCUCUAAUCCAGUUGCGAGUAAGCCUAAUGUCCUCAGGGAGUCCGAUAACGCUACUCGGAGAUUCCCGAUGAGCCUAGCCUGACAGAAAUACUCGAGUCACUGAAAAGCCUUGAUAGGGAGUGUGCUGUGAAAUAUCUGUAUCUGUAUCUGAGUCAAAUCCUCGUUCCACACCUGAUUCCUCACGAGUUUUUUGGGGACUUCCCCUACCGUACCGGGACAAAUGCGGGAACGAUGAUUCGGUACUGGACAACGUUACGAACGAAAUAGAUACCCCAAAAGCAAACAGUCAAAUUCUAGUAAGAAUUACAAACCGUAUGUAUGGAAAUCGGCAAAUUAAAAAAAAUUUGCGAAAGACAACGAAAUUUUAAUAAUUUUAACAACUUGAUUUAUCUUACAUCAAGUAACUCGCAACCCACUUAUGCUGCAGCACAACCUUCAACUUUAUUACAAACCUUAAUCAAGUACCGUAUAACUUUGUUCCUCGGAUAAUGCUUUCAAAUACCAUGUCCCAUGUGCCUAAACUAUAGUGGAAAUACAAGAGUUCUUGCUACGGAAACGCAUUGACAUUGGAUGAGUUCUCAUUACGGAGACUUGGCUAAACGACAAUAUUAGUGAAUCCAUUGCAAAUAUAGACGGUUAUAACCUUCACCGGAAAGAUAGAUUUAUCAAACAGCAAGGUGGAGUUUGUAUAUACCUCAGAGAUAGUAUAUACCCCUGGCCUGGCUUUUCUAGCUACAGCACUGCAGAUCCAAACUGAAAUUUAUAUUUGCCAAGACGAAAAUUUUCCUUUACUACAGGCAUGAAAUUUGUCACACCUGUAUGAUCCCAAAAGAUCCAGAACUAUACCUUCCAAUUAAAUUGUGUGUAUGAGUGCGCAUCUGUCAGCACAAUAACUCAAAGAUAUCCAACGUAUUAAUAGGAACAUUUUUCGGGCUAAAUAGAAAUAGUCCAAGGACAACUCGUUUAAAUUUUGGUUCAGUUUUGAUUAAAAACUUUGUCUGCUUUCCGUCCAGAGUAAACUUAAUGCAUAAUUAGCCAACUGUCUAAUUUAUGCAUCGAUUGAAUCGGUUUUUUAGAAAAUCGGGGUUUUUUCCGGUUUUAUCGAUAAACCGCCCGACCCUAAUUAAAUUUGUAAUUUAAAUACAUUUAUUGCUCAGGAUGCAGAAAAUAAUAUCCUGUCUUCAAAUUUCAAACAUUUUCCGAGGGUGUAUACCCCAGACCCCCCUAGUAGUACACCCCCUCUAGGAAACCUUAUCCAGUAUGUAUGCAGUCUCUUUCUAGUACUUUUAUGUUCAAAAGAGGCAAUUCCCUCUGGUGUUUAGAACGCACAAAUUAUUGCCAUACUGGAUACCCCAUGUAGGUGUGAUUUUUCUUUAUUGUUUACACUUGCAGAAACCAAAAUUUCCUGAUGUGUUCGUGUUACAAGGAGUUCAACUGCCAGUGGAAGUUCUCCAUGCUAUCUUUUUGCGCCUUUCUGUGCGAGAUAAUUUACGAUACAUGCAAGUGUGCAAAGCUUGGAAGGUAGGAAUGACCCUUAAUCCUUCGCCCUGUCCAAUGCCAUACAAUUUUACCAAGGCCGGAUUUUGGUGGAAAUGGUGGGAUGGGCGGAAAAAAAUUAGGAGGAGGGGCAGCGUCUAGUUCACGGCCCCCAUGGAAUGUUUGGGCCUAUAACGACACGUACCCCCUAAAGUCAACUGCGUGACAUAUGCAUGUACUGCGCAUACGUAUUAGUAUAGGUAAUCAUGCGAUGGCGAGUACAAUUAGGGAUUAAUAGUACGAGUGAUGUUUGGAAAUUUUGCCAAAAUUGGACGAGCCGCGCCGGGGCGAGUCCAAUUUGGCAAAUUUUCAAACAUCACGAGUACUAUUAAUCCAUAAUUGUACGAGCAACAUCGCAUGAUUACUUGUUUAUUAUUAGCAUGACAAAAUUGGAUACUUCUCAAUGUUAACAUCAUCAAUUCUCUCGCCAAAACUAAGUCCUGCCAGAUUUUCAACCAAAAUUUGGUGCUUUUGUCCGUAUUUUCAUUUAGUUUUUUUGGUAAAGCACAAUUUGGGCUUUUGUUCGUAUUUUCAUCUAGUUCCUCUAGGGCAAUUUCAUUUCACGCUUGUGUUUAAAAUACAUUUCCGCCAUUUUGUUUGUUGUGGGAAAAUCAUUAAUUGUACUGCAGUACAAUUAAUGAAAUAAUUGUACUCCUCUCAACCAAUCAGCAUCCAGUAAUUUUGUCAUGCUAAUAAUAAGUGCAUUAAUUUUAGGCAGGAUCAAUCAGUGUAUAGCAUUUUCCCCAUAUAUGUACAUCAGGGGUCGUUAUCUUUUUUGCCCGCAUGAGACCGCAAAAAUUAUUUGAAAAUGUGCCUGCAAAAUGUCUUCAUGCAACAUGCGAAACUGGGCCAUCAGCCAUGAAUUACUAUUGCUGCCGAUUAGUAGGCUGGCUUAUGAGUUAUGGCUUUAUAUAUUUUUGGCCGAAGAAAUCGAGAAUUUUAAGCUCAGACUCACAAUCAUGCACGUGUAUCGUGCUCUGGUAGUUGUUCUCUAGAAUUUUUGACUUGUCAGCGUCCCUAUUAACAAAUAUCUUAAUAGACUAACAGUAGCAGAUAGUAAAAUACAUAAUAAACUAAAAAUUAUAAAAUUUAUUUUAUAACUUCUGGUGUCAAAAGUUUUACAAAAUGUGCCUGCAAGAAAGUUGUUUCUGAAAUGUGCCUGCGAUCGUUGAUCCCAGCGGUCUCCACUUUAACGAUAUACAUAUACAACCUCGGCCCCAGGCGCUUUGAUUUGCUGUGUCGUACAUAUGCAUAUACAAACUUUAUUUAACCACGCUAACUUCCACAACCGUUAGGAGGCUGAUUUCCAUGAUGGGCGUGAAAUAUAGUAUAUAUUUACAAAAAAUAAGAAAUAUGAAAAAAGAUAAAAUAAGACUAGAUCGCAGGAAAGGGAACAAGAAAAUUCAAUGAUUUUUAAUGCACGAUGAUACACGCGAGCAAGUGUCAACUCAUUCUUUGUUUUAAUAUUGAUUUGAAAGAGCAUAAGGAUUCGGCAAUUUUUGCCUCAUGGGGAAGGUUAUUCCAAUGCAAGGCACCGUUAUAACUGAAGCACCUUUUGCCAAAUUCUCUUUUCGGCAUAGGUGGUGCUUGCUAAAUCAGUUUCCCUAUUGCUGAUGUACAUAACGAGUCAUAGAUUGUACAUCACAAAUCAUAGGAGUUAUACAUCGUGAUUCGCGAAUUAUUGUCGUUAAUCGUUAUGCAUCACUAUCAAUCUCUCAUACUAGUAUACCCUGUAGUAGUAUCACUAAGCAGUAUAUUACAUGCAUGUUAGGAAUACACACCAACAUAUUCGCAUCGGAUGCGUGCUUAUGUCGCAAAAGCUGACAUGCUGCUGUUUGAAGAUGACCUCAACCAAAAAAUUUCCUUUUCACCGUUGGGUGAAGACGAUCAUCAUCUGGUGUAAAACUGUGCAGAAGGAAUCACCAAUUUUUUAUCGAUUAUUAUUAAAUUUUUGCCUCAAAUAUGAGUACUGUGAGGACAAAUUUAACGAAUAAAUUUAUUGCUCAGGAUGCAGAGAAUCGAAUUUCCAGUCUUCAAAUUACAAACAUUUUCCGAGGGAGUAUACCCCGCGGACAUGCUGGUAGUGAACCUUCUUUUGGAAACCUUGUACAGUGAGCUAACUUAUCCAAUCUUUUUGUUGUUAACAAAUUAAGCAGCGAAUUAUGUGCACCUUGAUGUGUCUUAUAUUAUGUUGUUAUUUUAUAUUUUGUCUAAUAUUUUGGAGAUCUUUGUUAAAUUUCUUUCCAGACAUUGCUGAGUGACAAGUAUUUUUGGAAGAUGUAUACACAAAGACAUUUUGAUUUGGGGAUAAAAUCUGACCUCUCAAACGAGGGCCCAUUGGCAGAGUGGUCAGGAAAAUCAUUUAUAUGGGAAGAAGAAUUAGAACACGACCAUACUUGGUAAUUAAUUAUUUUGUUAAAUGUUGGCGUAAAAUGAAUGUAGUACUCUAUCGUAAGCUGCUGUGUUUGUGUCUGAACUACCUGGAAAAGAUAUCUCAAAGUGAAACAUGGUGCUUUAGUGUAGGUAUACAGGGUGUAUCAAAAUAAACGCAAUUCAUCUUUUGUGCUUAAUAACUUUCGAAAUACUAUUUCUACUUAAACGCUUUUAGGCUUACUUCAAAGCCUGUUCUUUUCUCUUUCAAACAAACUAUUAUCCUUGUCUCCAAUGCUAGUAAUAAUUGCACAGGAAAAGAUUUAGUAAAACCUAUCAUUUUUAGUUGCUGUUUAAUUAUGCUAGUUUACUAUGUUAUUGUUUAGUCGGUUUAAAUGUUAGAAUUUUCUUCUUUAAACUUUAAUGUUGUCGUCACUACAUCUGGAAAGCCACGUAAGAACAAAUUAAAAGUAUUUUAAAAGAGACCAGGUUGUUUGAAAAUCCUAAACGAAUGCUAAAAAUCGUCAAAACAUUCUGGUGUCUGAGCCAGAGUGUCAUCGAACUGCGAUGGAAUGUAAACAGAAAUUAUAGCAAGUUGAUAUCAGUCAGCUUAGAUGGUCCAAGCCAAAAUUAUAUCGCAUUUGAAGUUUCAAACUGAGUUAAAAAGAGUGGAAGAAAAGCCGUAAUUAUACUUAUUGUUACAAUCCAUUUAAUAAAAUGCAACAUUUUUUUGUUUAAUGAAAAAAAUCAGUUAUUUUCAUGAGAACGAUUUGUUAUUCCAUCUCAAUUUUUUGUAAUCUCCAAUCGCAAUAACGUAAAGUAUUAUUACCCGCAAACCAAUGAGUCAAAUUUAAGAAACAACCCACUGUUAGAAAGCUGAAUGGCUACGCUUUAAAAUGAAUGUAAACUUUAACGUCUUCGUCUAUUAUUUGUUUAGCAAUUUACAUUUCAGUCGAGGAUUGCGCUUUUUUUUAUACACCCUGUAUAGUAUUCCACAAUUAUGUGUUAAUGGUAUUUUUUGUGUGUGAAUUACCUGAAAAAGAUAUCUCUAACGUGGUGGUCCGGUAUAAAUAGUAGCGAGCUUAAGAUGCAUCAAAUCUGACGCGGACGUGACAUAAAAACCGUUGCUAAUGUUUGGAAUCCAGUUUUAUUUUGUUUCACUUGUGUCUCUGACUCUAUUUAUCAAUUGGAGGCCAAACUUUUUAUCCGUGUAGUGAAACUGUGGGAGUACUGAGUAGUUACAAUUUUUCUUCACGUCCGCGUCGUAGAUUUGGUGCAUCUUAAGCUCGCUAGUAUUCUACAAUGCGCUGCCGUGGCUUGCACCCACACUGCCUGGAAAAUAUAUCUCGGAAAAUAUGUAUGCCCCGCUGUAACAAGAAAUUAAAUGUUUAAAUGCCCCACCUUCAUAUGAAAAUUAUGAAACAGUAAAUACAAAAAGUACAAAAUAUACGGAAAUGUUUUUCGGUGAUAUAGCGAAAUUCACUUAUUAUAUAUAAAAUAGUUUGGAAACCUUAUGGAAAUUUAACAGUUUUACACAAUUUUACGGUACAUACCUUCAAAUGAAGCACAUAGCUUUUCCUUGCCCGUUUCCUUGGCUUGAGCCAGUUUUCACAAAAUUGAGCCCUUUUCCCUCAAAAUCUGAGAAAACUGUAUUUGCCUCCAUUACGAAGUCUUUUCUAUUUAAUUAAUAGUCUGCAUGCAGGAAGCGCGCGAAAACGAGAAAAAUGUUAAUUCCCCACCCUUAUCAAAUACCUCACCGCAUGGAAGUCCGUCAAAUUCCCUACUCCCCGGAGAAGACUUGAAUUCAAAUUUACGGGAAAUGCCGGGGGGAGGGAUGUUGAAAUUUUGAAUUGAUUGGUACAUUUAAACUGAAAUGUAUCGAAAACGAAUAAACGGAACGAAAACUGCAAGAGCAGUUACUCAGUAUGCAGUAGUUUUUACAUGUAGUUCUUCUAAAUAAGACAAUAAAAACGUUCGUUUCUUAUGCGCUUUAAUUAAAUUACUCGCAUCUCCAGUUUAUGCCAUUAUUAUUUGGAGUAUUUUUUUCUCAUAUCUCUUACAUUUCCUUGGUAUUUUGUCAGGUUUUGUUACUUUGCUGAGGAUCGAAAAGAUUGUGAUAUAUACGUCAUGCGUCCAUUUCCUUCAAUAUGGAACUGUCGAGUCGUUCAUCCGUAUGGCUUGGACCCACUCUCCGGUGAUGCGAGAAGCUUACAAGGUUUUUCUCGUUCUCUUGAAAUACUGACUUACAUGAGAAGUGAAGCGGCUCGCUUGGAGAUGCAAAGUGGUGAGUGACACGUUCCGAUUUUCACAAUUUUUCUGCAUGGGCGAGCUAGUGAACGCGGAGAUAACCCUCGCUUUCAGAUUUGACAGUGUCCAAUUUUUUUCUUCUUUGUCGCUAGUUGAAAUAUCAAAUUUGGAGUAUGCCACAUCGAUUAGCAACCAACCAAUUUGAGACAGCUUCGUGAAGCGUUGUUUUAGCAUGCCGCAACUUGGAGCAGCAAAUAAUUCAAGAUUCCUUCAAUUCGACUGCAUGCUUUCAGGAGCAAGACGUUGCAUGCGGCGGACAUGCAUUUUCUAAUCAAUAAAGAUUUGUUUUUAAAAAUCAAACGGAUUCUGAAUGUAUAAUUUGCCUAAAUGCAGUUCAUUGAUGAACGAAUACUUAAUAGGCCGUUUUAGCUAAUUUUCAACACUUGCGAAAGUGCUUACCCAAGUUUAAGCGCUGAUAUCUUGGUAAAUAUUUAAUGAAAUUGUGAUUGUCGUGUGCAUAACCUAUCAAAAUUUAAGUUAGCCACUUCUGCAUGAAUACGAUAAACGCAUGUCAUUUGAGCGAAUUAGCUGUUCUAGUUUCUCCACUUUAUCAAAUCAAACAGGGAACGUUUUUCUGCGCCACCCGGUAGUAUGUCAAAAAAUUGGAUAUGGUCAUAACCAAGUUGAAAAGUGUAUUUAUUAGUUUUGAGCGCGUGUUACGUAACAUACAAGAGAUUCUCCUCUUAAACCAUUUCAUUGUAGGUAACCAGUGCUCACUCAACGAAGGGUUGAAUGACAUUUGUGCUGUUAUAUUUCCCUGGGACAAAAAGGAACUACCUACACCGCUAGAACUACAGAAAGAAAUCUUCAAUUUUCAUCCACAAGUAUAUGAGUAUUAUCCUAACAAUCCUGAGAAAAAUGUAGGCGAUUUGAGGGAAGAUAAAAUAUACUUCCACGUUCGAUCAAGCGAUGACGACGACGAGGACGAUGAUGAACAUGACUUUGAGAUAAAAUGUCUGAACAGUAUUUUUGGGAUGAGUUACCCUACUGAAGAUGAGCAAUGGAUGUAUGAAGAUUCGCGAAAGUUUUAUGAGUGGUUGCAAUCAAUUAUGUGUCCAUCAGUCUUUAUAUAUGUUGGAGAAGAGAAGUUUAAUCCUGUUGGAAUCUUUUUGUUGACCCAUCUUGCCCCUGGGUGGGUAGGUGGGGCAAUGACUGCAGCCACAUGGACAUGAGUAGUUGUUUAUUGUUUGCAGUAACCUCCCCCGGGACUGUUGGGGCAGGACACUAUAACUGCGCUUAUUGUUACAGCAAUCUGUUCGUAUUUUGGUGCUAAAGACGUAACUAUACAGUUAAGAUGUAAUGUUAGUAUAUAAUGUAUCGAAACUGGGUAUAUAUUAAUUCAGUAAUAUUGAGACAAUAAAUAAUGCUUAUUAUCAGAGUUAGAAGAGUUGUGUUACUGAUGAUACACACCAUAGAAAAUAAGAAGGGUUUUGU